UGAUUUUCAUGCAUGAAGAACUCAGCCGACCUUGGUAGUUAUAUUAGAAUAGAGGAUUUAGCGUAAUUACAAUAAAAUAUGUUUUGUGGACAAGGUAGAUUUUUUGUCAGGUGUAUUUAACUGUAUCGUGACAAAUUAAGCACGCGUAGGUAGUAACGUGAACUGUUUUACGUUAAACUGGAGUUUUUUUGUUAAUAUGUAUAAUAAUAAUUGUACAAAUGUGAACAUAUGUAGUCUAGUGACGUUAUUUUAGUCAUACAUGGUUUUUUGAUAUAAAUACCAAGUGUUUUUUCGGUGAGUGAACACGACAAAUUGUAACACGGUUAAGACAUUGAAUCGCCGGCGGGUUGGGUUGAAUAUAUAAUACAUUCUAUAUAUACAACGAAAAUAGCUCAUAACGAACGGUGAUAUUUUGAGACAAAAUCGUGAAUUGUGUCGGGGAUAAUAUUGAAAUUAACUUUUAUUUAUAGUGUAAAUAUUGUAAUACUUAAUACCAUAUUAAGAAAAUGCUAUACGCACACGAAGUAUGCUAUUGGUAGAUACAAGUACAUACACCAUAGAUCGAUAGGCAAUGAUCGUAUAAAAUUGUAACCCUCUGUGCUACGGUAUUCGAGAGUUUGUUUUAAAUAGUCCCGCAUGUGAUUAUACAAUAUGCUGAAAUCGUUCGCCAAGUUGUCGCUGUUUUUCGUGACAGUAGCCACUGUUUUAACUAUAGUUGGUUUGUCAACGCCGAAAUGGUUGUCGAGGAAUGGACAUUACCAGGGAAUAUGGGAAUACUGUUAUUAUCUGACACACGCCGACGGUGCCGUAAAGUGUUUGAAACUGGAUAUCCUUGCAGAUUUUGAAACGUGGAUGAAUGCGAUUCGGGCACUGGUGAUAAUGUCCGUUGUGGCGGAAGCUUUUUGCAUUGUCUUGUUGAUAUUUUACAUCAAACGUGAAGACGGACACGCAAACCUGACCAGAAUCCGGGCAGCUAUCAUUUUAUGUGUCUUAGCAGGAGCUUUAUGUUUGUCAGCUGUCGUACUAUAUGCAGUACAGAAAAAUAAUGGACAAUUUAUCAAGGGCUACAACUUUGCAUGGUCUUUUAUUCUGACAACUAUUGGCGGUGGAGUUAUUUCCCUUGUACCAAUACCAUUACUAGUUGAGAUUCGAAAAAGCCGAGUGCUGGGAGCGUAUGAAUCUAUUUAA